AUGGAGACUCAACUGCCGGUGUCUCCAUUCGGAUUGCCCACGCAGCAUGCGUGCCGUCUGAAGAUGUACCAUGAAGGCGGAUGCAAGGUCACAGAAGACCUCGUUGAACAGAUCGCAUUUGGCGAUGGGUACCGUCGAAUCGCCGCUGCGAUUAAGGCGUUGGCAGACAUGUUUGCGUGGUCCACACUGGUCGAAGAUGUGGACACGUUUCACGCCGAGAAGCCAAACGAACUGAUUCACUUUGACUGA